UAGGCGGGCAGGCAGCCGGUGGAGGAGUCAAAGGCCGAAGCUUUGGCAGCCAUGGCCAUGCCGUCCACCGCGUCUUGCUGCUUCGCCUCCUCCUCCUCCUCCCCCCAUGGCCGCCCCAUCCGCCUCCGCCUCCUCCUAGCCCACACCACCACCAACUGGACCCCCGCGCGCAUCCGCCUCGUCUCCCGCCCCGCCCCUUCCCGGAACCCCCUCAGGCGCUCCUCCGAGCCGGCGCCCGGUGUCGCCGGCGACGAGGGAGAACAUGUGGACAGGGAGGUGGAGGAGGACCGAGACGAGCGGUACGGGUUCGAGAUGGAGGUGCGGAAGCUGCCGGGGAAGAAGAACCGGCGGCUGGUGCGCGCGCGGGUGCGGGUGGGCGCGCCGCUCCAGGCCGUCUGGGCCACGCUCACCGACUACGAGGGCCUCGCCGGAUUCAUCCCCGGCCUCUCCGAGUGCCGCCUCCUCCACCAGGACAAGGCCUUCGCCCGCCUCUACCAGGUCGGGGAGCAGGAUCUGGCGCUGGGGUUCAAGUUCAACGCCAAGGGCACCAUAGACUGCUACGAGGGCGAGAUGGAGCUGCUGCCGGAGUCCCGGGCGCGCCGCCGGGAGAUCGACUUCAACAUGGUCGACGGCGAUUUCAAAGUCUUCCAGGGCAAAUGGUCUGUCCACGAGGUUGAUGGUGCCACUGAUGAAGGUGCAGAAGUUUCAUCGGGGCAGGAAUUUCAGACCACGCUUUCGUAUGUGGUGGAGCUGGAGCCUAAGCUCUGGGUUCCGGUCCGGCUGCUGGAAGGGAGGAUCUGCAAGGAGAUCAAAACCAACCUUAUUUGUAUCCGAGAAGAAGCAGAGAGGAUCCAAAGGUUACUGGACGAGUGAUAACUAGGAUGAACCCUGAAGGCUUUCUUACAAUGCCGUUAUUGAUUAUAGUUCUGUGUAUGCUCCUUAACAGAGGGAAUCAGGUAAACAAAAAUCAGCAUGCUUCUUGCAUCGAGGUGAUGUGGAAGGGCCCCCAGUUGUGCUGACAUGGCUGGAUAACGAAUGGAGGGACCUCACCUGAACCGAGUCUUGCAGUUUAGGAUUUGUUUUUGCUACUUAAUUGAAGAGUGGGCCACUCAGCCUAAAUAAUUUUGUUAGAAGAUGUUGGCAGGAUAGUUGACUGUAAUGUCAUCUCUGAUAUGAUUCUACGUGUAUGAAAAUUCAUUCUGUAAUAUAAUACAGCGGAUACAUUAUCUGUUCGUUUGAUACAGUCCAACAAUAAAGCAGUUCAGAACCAGUUACCAAUCCGACCAUGGGAUAACUUGUUGUCCCCAAAACAUAUGCUAGAUUGCGCUUUU